UACUCUUAUAACGACCUGAAUUUUUGCUUUCAAAUAAAAACCGAAAAUGCCCAAAGCGGCAACACCGAUGCUUCCCCAGCCCAUCGCCGGCGCCGGCGCUCGCCGGAGCUCCGGCGAGGCGCUCUUCACUCCCCCUCCUCCUAACACUCGCCUCCGCCGCCGCGUCCUCAGCCCAAUCCGCGCCGACGCGCCCCCGAUCCACCUCUCCGCCUCCGCGGCGGCCCCCUCUCGGCUGACGGUGAAGCCGCCCGUCUGCACCGCCGACGAGCUCCACUACGCGCCGGUCUCCGGCGCCGGGUGGUGCCUCGCGCUCUGGCGGUACAGGCCGCCGCCUCAUGCGCCGGCGAGGAACCACCCGCUGAUGCUGCUGUCGGGAGUCGGGACGAACGCCAUCGGCUUCGAUCUCUCCCCCGGGGCCUCAUUUGCCCGCCACAUGUCUAAUCAAGGAUUUGAUACAUGGAUUGUUGAAGUGAGAGGUGCUGGUCUGAGCACGCGUGAUUACGACAAUUCUACUACAUCUCUGUCAGGCACUAUCGAUGAUAUCUCUAAUAGCAGACUGGCUCUUGAUAAAUCGAGCAUGUUGGAGGUUGCUUCAGUUCAAAGUUCUGGUGGCUCUGCUAUUGAUUAUGAUGACCUUGGAAUAGUUGCUUUGGAUGAUCCACCUUUACUGACAGAGCUGGCUAAUUUUUUUGACCGAGUUUCAAAACUUCUGGAAGAGGCUAGUUCAAAUAAAAAUUUUCAUGAGAUCACAAAUAAAAUUUCAGUUCUGUCUGAUAUGGUAGAAAGCUCUACCGUUAUUGGUCCAAUGAGAGAAGAAAGUCUGCGUAUUCUGAAGAAUUUUCAAGAUCAGAUUAACUCAUGGGAACGUUUUGUGGCAACACAGAGGGAUCUAAAUUAUGAAUAUAAUUGGGACUUCGAUCAUUACUUGGAGGAGGAUAUACCUACUGCGGUGGAAUAUAUUAAACAACAUAGCAGAGCCAAAGAUGGGAAGCUGCUUGCCAUUGGACACUCAAUGGGAGGAAUUUUGUUAUAUGCAAUCCUGUCAAAAUGUGGUUUCGAAGGUGUUCCAUCAAAUUUAGCAGCUAUUGUUACUUUAGCUUCCUCUGUUGACUACACAACAUCUGAUUCAUCACUGAAGAUGUUACUACCACUUGUUCAUCCUGCGCAGGCCCUUAAUGUCCCUACUGUUCCAUUGGGCACAUUAUUAGCAGCAGCAUAUCCCUGGGCAUCUGGUCCACCUUAUCUUUUUUCCUGGCUUAAUCAUCAGAUAUCAGCUCAGGAUAUGAUGCACCCGGAGUUGUUGUCCAAGCUUGUUUUUAACAACUUCUGUACAGUGCCCGCAAAGGUUGUCCUGCAACUUACAACAGCUUUUCGGGAAGGGGGACUAUGUAAUAGAACUGGAACUUUCUCAUACAAAGAUCAUUUGCAAGCUUGUCAGACCCCUGUCCUAGCACUAGCUGGAGAUAAAGAUCUCAUCUGUCCUCCAGAAGCUGUUUAUGAAACUGUCAAGCUAAUUCCUCAGCACAUGGUGAAAUAUGGGGUAUUUGGGAAGUCAGAAGGCCCUCAUUAUGCACACUAUGACUUAGUUGGAGGCCGACUGGCAACAAAUGAAGUUUACCCAUGUAUCAUAGAGUUCCUUUCUCUCCAUGAUCAGUAGUUUAUUUAACAAUGAAGCUCCUGAAAUUUUAAUAUGGUAACGAAUCAACAAUGAUACAAUAUCAUGUUCAUCUCAGAUGGUUUUUGAGUUGGGCUGAACAAACUUUCCAAGGUUGGCUAUGUGACAUGCCCAGCCACGCAAAAUAUAGGUAAACUCAUGAAACUCGUAGAAACAGGUCUAUCAUGUGUUAGUGCACCACUUGUACACAGUACCUAGAAAUCUCUGUAUAUUACAUGUGCUCCUAGAGAGAACAAAUACACGAGAAAUUGUAUUCUGAACCUCAUUCUCUGACUUUGUUUCCUUGGCUGAUCCUUCAAAUACUCGCUGCUGUAACAAAACGAAAUGAAAGGCUGGCAUGUACUGGGAUAUAUACUGUUGGUGUGUACCGCUGUCUACAUUUAUUUUGUGCAUUUCCUGCGAACAGUUUUGUAGUUAAAGGAAUGCUUCCUUAUGCAUGCGAUCACCAUUUAAUACGAUCUGUAAGAUGGUAAACG